AUGGAGUGCAUCGCAAUUGCCAUUAUUUUGGUUACUAUAAGAACGAGGAAGACUGUGCGUCUCUGGAUUAUAAUUGACUCUAUUUUUGAUCGGGUAAAAAUUGUAGUUGAACCAGGAAAUUUAUCUGCAUAUAAAACUGCACGCAAGUCUCGCUAUCAUCCAAAAAGCAAGGAGAGAGAGACACGAUUUCCCAUUCCCUCUUGUCCUAUAAAUAAUAUUCCUAUUUCAGUUGCGCCCAAAGCUCUUCUCUACUGCAUUACCAUUACCGGAGCCUCGCCAAAAUCGCCGGCAGAUCACGCAAUUCUCGUCGGCCGCUGCCAGUUAAGUGAUUAUUCUUGGAAAAUACAGGAUCAACUUCAAAAAAAUCAAAUGGAAUUGAAAGGAUUGACAGGGAAAGUGAAAGCAUGGAUAUUGGGUGUCCUCAAGAGUGACAGUCCACACUUGGAUUUUUUCGUUGGUACUGAUGCUGCGAUACUAAUGACUAGAUUUGCUCUUCCACGUAUGAUCCCAUCUAAUGGUGCACAUGCGCUCAGUGAAGAUGAGGAGACCAAGCGAAUGCUCAUUUUAUCUGGUUACGCUUGGAUCACAUUUUUGGUCUUCUCAUUGGGUUUAAGGAGCAUUAGACUCUGGUACUUUGGGGUUCCAUUCUGGAAUUUUUCCCGUUACUGGUACCGUGAGUUUCCAUUCUGGAAUUCUUCCACUUAUCAUGAGGAAGGAACACUCCCGGAAGAAUUGGUUGCUCUCGAACAUGGGACUCUGAAGUUAUUGAAGAAUAGGGAUAAAAAAGUCCUAGAAGAAUUGGUUUCUCUCAAACAUGGUGACUUUGUCGUUAUUGAAGUAUAUGGAAGUGAUAAUUGUGCAUCUUAAGAGGCAUAUAUGUAUCGCUUAUUUUGCUUGGUAGGGUUUAAGAAAAACUAUAUCAAACAUGGUGACUUUGAUGUUAUUGAAGUAUAUGGAUAAAAACGAAGUGAUAAUUUUGCAUCUUAAGAGGCAUAUAUGUAUAAUUUGUUUUGCUUAGUAGGGUUUAAGAAAAACUAUAUCUUAAUUGAACCGGUGAUAUCUUAUUCUUUUUAGUUUAAUUAUAUGAAGUUGACAUGAA